CGCGCGUGCGCUCUCCCGCUCGGCCGUGCGCAUGCGCCGUGCUCGCGCGCUGGCUCGCGGGACGGGAUGGCGGGCGCCGCGCCGGGCGCCAUCAUGGACGAAGACUACUUCGGGAGCGCGGCAGAAUGGGGCGACGAGGCUGACGGCGGCCAGCAGGAGGACGAGUACGCGGAGGGCGAGGACGACGCGGAGGUCCAGCAGGAGUGCCUGCGCACCUUCUCCACGCGGGACUACAUCAUGGAGCCCUCCAUCUUCAACACGCUGAAGAGGUAUUUCCAGGCCGGGGGGUCUCCAGAAAACGUCAUCCAGCUCCUGUCGGAGAACUACACCGCCGUGGCCCAGACCGUCAACCUGCUGGCCGAGUGGCUCAUCCAGACAGGCGUGGAGCCCGUGCAGGUGCAGGAGACGGUGGAGAACCACCUGAAGAGUUUACUGAUCAAACACUUCGAUCCCCGCAAAGCGGAUUCCAUUUUCACUGAAGAAGGAGAGACCCCGGCCUGGCUGGAGCAGAUGAUCGCGCACACCACGUGGCGGGACCUGUUCUACAAGCUGGCCGAAGCCCACCCGGACUGUCUGAUGCUCAACUUCACCGUCAAGCUCAUCUCGGAUGCUGGCUACCAAGGGGAGAUCACCAGCGUGUCCACCGCCUGCCAGCAGCUGGAGGUGUUUUCCAGAGUGCUGCGCACCUCGCUGGCCACCAUCUUGGACGGGGGCGAAGAGAACCUCGAAAAGAAUCUUCCGGAGUUCGCCAAGAUGGCGUGCCACGGGGAGCACACCUACCUGUUCGCGCAGGCCAUGAUGUCCGUGCUGGCCCAGGAGGAGCAGGGCGGCUCCGCCGUGCGCAGGGUCGCCCAGGAGGUGCAGCGCUUCGCCCAAGAGAAAGGCCACGACGCCAGUCAGAUCACGCUGGCGCUGGGCACGGCCGCCUCCUACCCGCGGGCCUGCCAGGCCCUGGGGGCGAUGCUGUCCAAAGGGGCCCUGAACCCGGCCGACAUCACGGUCCUGUUCAAGAUGUUCACCAGCAUGGACCCGCCCCCGGUGGAGCUCAUCCGGGUGCCCGCCUUCCUGGACCUGUUCAUGCAGUCGCUCUUCAAGCCCGGGGCCAGGAUCAACCAGGACCACAAGCACAAGUACAUCCACAUCCUGGCCUACGCAGCCAGUGUGGUGGAGGCCUGGAAGAAGAACAAGCGAGUGAGCAUCAACAAGGACGAGCUGAAGUCCACGUCGAAGGCGGUGGAGACGGUGCACAACCUGUGCUGCAACGAGAACAAGGGCGCAUCGGAGCUGGUGGCGGAGCUGAGCACGCUCUACCAGUGCAUCAGGUUCCCGGUGGUGGCGAUGGGUGUGCUGAGGUGGGUGGACUGGACCGUGUCGGAGCCGCGGUACUUCCAGCUGCAGACGGACCACACGCCGGUGCACCUGGCGCUGCUGGACGAGAUCAGCACCUGCCACCAGCUGCUGCACCCCCAGGUCCUGCAGCUGCUCGUGAAGCUCUUCGAGACCGAGCACUCCCAGCUGGAUGUGAUGGAGCAGCUCGAGCUGAAGAAGACGCUGCUGGACAGGAUGGUGCACCUGCUGAGCCGGGGCUACGUGCUGCCCGUGGUCGGCUACAUCCGGAAGUGUCUGGAGAAGCUGGACACCGACAUUUCCCUCAUCCGCUACUUCGUGACCGAGGUGCUGGACGUCAUAGCCCCCCCCUACACCUCCGACUUCGUGCAGCUUUUCCUCCCCAUCCUGGAGAACGACAGCAUCGCGGGCACCAUCAAAACCGAGGGUGAACACGACCCCGUGGCGGAGUUCAUAGCGCACUGCAAGUCCAACUUCAUCCUGGUGAACUGACGCUCGCGUCCCCCAGAGCUGAAGCGGACGUCCCAGACCGGGCGGGCAAGCCGUUCCCGUCCGGAGGGGCCGCGCCGGCCCCGGGACGUGUGGCGUGGGGAGAGGCGGCGGCGGGGGCUGUGAGAAGGGACACGGCGGCAGGACACCCGAGCACUGCCGCUCCCAGCGGCCCCUCUCCUCGUCCAGCCCGUUCUCGGGGCUCGUCCCCACGUGGGGCGGGGCGGCGUCCCCGCUCGGAGGGGCUGGGCGCUCGGAGGCCCGGACACGUCCGCGAACCUCGGGCAAACUGGACUCAAGUUUUCUCACGAGAACCUGACUGGUGGAGGUUUUAUGUAAUUGCUUUAAUUUUCCAGGAACAAUAAAGCCCUUCCGUUGGGUUAGCCC